AUGAAUCUGACGCGCUGGAGUGGGAAACGACGACGUUCAGCAUCAGACUCAGACUCCUUUUCGGGAAGCGGCGGUGACAGCAGUGACAGCCCCCUUCUCCUCUCGGGGCCGGUGCUGAGCCCGCCCCCGGGCCUGAGACGCAGCCUGAAGGACCGCGGCCGCCCGCCGGCCAGAGCUGCAGGGGAAUGCAAGCAGACGUUUCCUGACGAUAAAGUAGACAAGCUGCUAUUGGCAAAUUGGGGGCUUCCUACAGCGGUUCUGGAGAAAUAUCACAGUUUUGGUGUAAAAAAGAUGUUUGAAUGGCAAGCAGAGUGCCUUUUGCUUGGACAAGUCCUGGAAGGAAAGAAUUUAGUCUAUUCAGCUCCUACAAGUGCUGGGAAGACUCUUGUUGCUGAACUACUUAUUUUGAAGCGGGUCUUGGAAACGCGGAAGAAAGCUCUAUUUAUUCUUCCCUUUGUCUCUGUGGCUAAAGAGAAGAAAUACUAUUUCCAGAGUCUGUUUCAGGAAGUAGGAAUAAAAGUAGAUGGUUAUAUGGGCAGUACCUCUCCAAGAGGGCAUUUCUCUUCUUUGGAUAUUGCUGUCUGUACAAUUGAGAGAGCCAAUGGUCUGAUCAAUCGCCUCAUAGAGGAAAAUAAGAUGGAUCUAUUAGGAAUGGUGGUUGUAGAUGAAUUGCAUAUGCUGGGGGACUCUCCCCGAGGGUAUCUGCUGGAACUUCUGCUGACCAAGAUUUCCUAUAUUACUCAGAAAUCAGCAUCUUGCCAGGCAUAUUUAGCCAGCCCUCUGUCUAAUGCCGUGCAGAUUGUUGGCAUGAGUGCUACUCUCCCAAAUUUGGAGCUUGUGGCUUCCUGGUUGAAUGCUGAACUCUACCACACUGACUUUCGUCCUGUACCACUGCUGGAAUCAGUAAAAAUUGGAAAUUCUAUUUAUGACUCUUCAUUGAAGCCUGUGAGGGAAUUUCAACCCAUGCUGCAAGUAAAGGGAGAUGAGGACCAUAUUGUUAGUUUAUGUUAUGAGACCAUUCGUGAUAACCAUUCAGUAUUACUUUUCUGUCCAUCAAAGAAAUGGUGUGAGAAGUUGGCAGAUACCAUUGCCCAUGCGUUUUACAGUCUACACCAUCAAGCUGAGGGAUUGGUAAGAUCAUCUGAACUUCCACCAGUGAUACUGGAACAAAAGGGCCUCCUAGAAGUGAUGGAUCAGUUAAAACGUUUGCCUUCAGGACUGGACUCUGUGUUACAAAAAACUGUACCAUGGGGAGUAGCGUUUCAUCAUGCAGGUCUUACUUUUGAGGAGAGGGAUAUCAUUGAAGGAGCCUUCCGUCAAGGUCAGAUUCGGGUCUUGGCAGCAACUUCUACUCUUUCAUCUGGGGUGAAUUUACCUGCACGUCGUGUAAUCAUUCGGACUCCUAUUUUCAGUGGUCGACCUCUAGAUAUUCUUACUUACAAGCAGAUGGUUGGUCGUGCUGGCAGGAAAGGAGUAGACACAGUAGGUGAGAGUAUCUUAGUUUGUAAAAACUCUGAGAAAUCAAAAGGUAUAGCUCUACUUCAGGGAUCUCUAAAACCUGUUCGUAGCUGUUUGCAAAGACAAGAAGGAGAAGUAACUUCGAGCAUGAUAAGAGCUAUUCUGGAGAUAAUAGUUGGUGGCGUGGCAAGUACAUCACAGGACAUACAAACUUAUGCUUCUUGCACAUUUUUGGCUGCAAGUAUGAAAGAAGCAAAGCAGGGAAUUCAGAAAAAUAAAGAUUCUGUUCAACUUGGAGCAAUUGAGGCCUGUGUAAUGUGGCUACUAGAAAAUGAAUUCAUCCAGAUUACUGAAGCUAGUGAUGGAACAGAAGGAAGUGUGUAUCAUCCAACACAUCUUGGUUCGGCAACUCUUUCUUCUUCACUUUCUCCAGUUGAUACUUUAGAUAUUUUUGCUGACCUCCAAAGAGCAAUGAAGGGCUUUGUUUUAGAAAAUGAUCUGCAUAUUGUUUAUCUGGUUACACCUGUGUUUGAGGAUUGGACUACUAUUGAUUGGUAUCGAUUUUUCUGUUUAUGGGAGAAGUUGCCAGCUUCUAUGAAACGGGUGGCAGAGCUAGUGGGAGUUGAAGAAGGGUUCUUGGCUCGCUGUGUGAAAGGAAAAGUAGUAGCCAGAACUGAGAAACAGCACCGACAAAUGGCCAUCCAUAAAAGGUUUUUUACCAGUCUUGUACUAUUAGAUUUAAUCAGUGAAGUUCCCUUAAAGGAAAUUAAUCAGAAAUAUGGAUGCAGUCGUGGACAGAUUCAAUCGUUACAACAGUCAGCUGCUGUUUAUGCAGGGAUGAUUACAGUGUUUUCCAACCGCCUGGGCUGGCACAACAUGGAACUACUACUGUCCCAAUUUCAGAAGCGUCUUACAUUUGGCAUCCAGAGGGAGCUGUGUGACCUCAUCCGGGUAUCCUUACUUAAUGCACAGAGAGCCAGAUUCCUCUAUGCUUCUGGCUUUCUUACUGUGGCUGAUCUUGCCAGAGCAGAUGUUGCUGAGGUGGAAAGUGUUCUGAAAAAUGCUGUGCCUUUUAAAAGUACUCGAAAGGCAGUGGAUGAGGAAGAGGAAGCAGUGGAAGAGCGUCGGAAUAUGCGAACUAUUUGGGUGACUGGCAGAAAAGAUUUAACUGAAAGGGAAGCGGCAACUCUUAUAGUAGAAGAAGCCAGAAUGAUUCUGCAACAGGACUUAGUUGAAAUGGGAGUGCAGUGGAGUCCAUAUUCCCUUUUAAAUUCUGAUACACACUCAUUGACCUGCAGUGAAUCAGAUGUAAAAGAACACAAAUUUAUACCCCAAACUAAGAGUUCUUAUAAAAGAUUAACAUCAAAGAAAAAAAGUAACACAAUAUUUAGUGAUUCUUCUGUUACUCAUUUACCAAAUACAGUGCAAGAUUUAGAUAAAAGUAGAGAGCAUACAGAUUCCUUUUAUUAUAAAUUUCAGGAUGGGCAUCAAGAACAUCAGGUGCAUUACAUUUCCAGAGCAAGAGAACGGGCUUCUUUGAGUAUAAAUAAAGAAAAGCUAGGAACCUCUCUGAAUGAGGGGAAAGCAAGCACUACGAAAGUUGUUCAGACUCUCUCAUCUGAGAAAACAAAAAAAGAAACUUUGAAUUUCAGUUCAGAAGAGAUGAGUACAACCUCUAAAUCUUGGAAACAUCGUAAGCAUCUAAAACUAUCUAGAGACAGUAGCCCCGUGAAAGACACUAGGAUGUGUAGAAUCAAUUUACAAGAACAGACUCUGUCUAAUCCUAUUCAUUGUGAAGAGUCUUUUACUUCAGGUGAGAAGAAUAUGGAAUUUAGAAGUCCAGAGCCAUUUGCUAAAAACAUAUCUUUCUGUGCUGAGGGAAGAUAUAGCAAAGUAUCAUUCCCAUCACAAACAGAACAAAGUUGUUCAAGGAACAAUAAAAUAUCUAAUGAUGUUCUUGUGGAAUAUUUUAUCACAGGAUCCCAGAAUAAAAAAGUGACUCAUCAAGCCACUAGUGUGGUUAGUGAAAAUGGAAGAGGAUUAGCUGUUGAAUCAGAAAAAAAAAAUGAAGCACUGAUAGAAAAUGAUUCAAAAAACCAGCAUGUUAAUGUGAAACACCAUGACACCCAUCCAAUUAACCAGUGCCUGGAAAAGCAGUUUGAUAAACAGACAAAUACUUACACCAAACUGAGAAAACCAAUAGCAAGACAAAUACCCUAUGAGACAGACAGCAGUUAUAUGAAUAGGGACUCAAAUGUUGUUAUGAAAUAUGAAAGUACAAAGUUUAAUGCUGAGGAAAAUAAAUCAAGUAAUCUUCAGGUAUCAGGAGAUAACAUAAGCAGCACUGAGAUACCCAGUGGAGUACAUCUACUAAGUGGAGCAUUUGGUAAAUCAGGAGGCCAACGUGAGAAUAUUCUAAAUACCCUUAGAGUACAAGUAAAAACAGAUGCUUAUGCAGCACACAGAACUAAAAAUAAUCAUGUUUCUGACUUAGAUUUAGAUCUCUGUGAUUUUGAAGAUAGUUUCUACCUGGAUACUCAGUCAGAGAAAAUAAUUCAACAGAUAGCAACUGAAAAUGCCAAGCAAGAAGGAGCAAAGGAUACCAGCCUGGCAACAGGGAUGAUGCAGAAGAGCCUAGACAAACAGAGCUCAGUGAGCUCCUUUCAGAAAGAGAUUCACAUUACUUUUCCAAGUGAACAACAUUCACCAGGAAUGACAAAUCAUUUGAAACUUAAGACUGUAGAUGCUAUGAAACAAAGCACUGAUUCACAUGGGGUUGAUAACCUGACUCCAGAAAGCCCAACUUUUUAUUCUCCAAUAUUAAUAGGGGAAAAUGACCCAUGUUUUAAAGUCAAUGAACUUUCUGUUACUGACUCCCAAUUAAAUAGUUUUCUUCAAGGUUAUCAAACACAAGAAGCUAUGAAACCAGUUAUACCUCUGGUUCCUAAAAUGAGAACUCCUACUGAUAUAGAAGUAGAAUGUCUGCCAGUUCCUGAAACAAGUUUGAAUUUGAGUGGUAGUUUACUGUUUGACAGUUUCAGUGAAGAGUACCUCAUAGAAGAACAACCACCUGAUGUACAAGCAAAAGAACGCCUUCGUUCUGAAAUAACUUCAGUCCAUUUUGGUGAUUCUCUGUGUCUACAAUCAGAGGGCCCAAUUAAAAAAUCAGAUGUGAAUGAGAAUCAAGAUAAUCAGCAGCCAUUGUCUUGUUUCAGUGAUGAGUCUACUGUAUUUUCAGAAAUGGAUUCUGCUCAGAUGGUUGAAGCUUUGGACAAUAUAGACGUAUUUCCUGUCCAAGAGAAACAUAAUACUGCAGGGUAUCUUAGAGUAUUAGAACUGAGUGAUCCAGUGAAUGUGGGUAAUAAUUAUUCCCAAAGAGAAGUAAUUGGAGGAGAUAAAGAUAAAAGGUCUCAAAAAUCCAAAUUAACUGGGACAAGGCAAGAUAAUUCAUUCAUAUGGUCAGGGACAUCAUUUGAUUUAAGUCCAGGACUGCAAAGGAUUUUAGAUAAUGUGUCCAGUCCUCUAGAAAAUGAAAAGCUAAAAUUAACCAUUACAGACUUGCUCAGUUUGAAAGGAAAAAAUAUAGAGGUAAAUGACAAACAAGAAAUAAUUUCAAAUUUGGAUACAAAUCAAGUACAAGGAAUUCCAUUUUCCCCUAAUAUUGUGGUAAAAGGCAAUAUUGACGCACUAGAGAACAAUGUCAUUCACGGUGAAACCUCCUCUCUCUUGCCUUGUAAAGAAAACUGUAUAGUUGAUGAUAAUGGACUCAUUCCUCUACCAUCUGCUUCUAAGUUGUCAUUUCCAGGUUUUCUUGGAACAUCUUCUGUAAAACUUAAGAAAAUUAGUAGUGGUUUACAACUUGGUGAAAGUUAUUCAUUUGGCUCACCUUCAGAUAAUAAAAACCGUGAUUUAAGUCCAGAGACUAGAAAUGGUUUCGAAGAUGACAGUCCUAUUAGAGACACAAGUUUUUCACCACAGUUAUCACAGGAUGGAUUGCAGUUAACUCUAGCCUCAUGCAGUCCAGAAAGUUUGGCCAUAAUUGACGUAGCAAGCGACCAAACUCUCUUUCAAACAUUCAUGAAGGAGUGGAAAAACAAAACUCGAUUUUCCAUCUCAUUGGCUUGUGAAAAGAUCAGUAAUUUGACAUCUUCUAAAAGUGCUACUAUUGGUGGUAGGUUUAAGCAAGUUAGUUCCUCUCAGGAAAGCCCUAUUGAAGAUGAUGGAAUUCCUGUUAAAGGUUGUGAUGGCAUCUUGGUGGUUGGACUGGCAGUAUGCUGGGGUGGAAGAGAUGCUUACUAUUUUUCAUUGCAGAAGGAACAAAAGCAUUCUGAUAUUAGUGCCAGUUUGGCCCCACCUUCUCUGGAUCCAAGCCUGACUGUGAAAGACAGAAUUCAGCACCUUCAAUCUUGCAUUCAAAAGGAAUCUGAUAAAGAACGUUCUGUUAUCAUCUAUGACUUCAUCCAGAGCUAUAAAAUUCUUCUUCUGUCUUGUGGCAUCUCCCUGGAACAAAGUUAUGAAGAUCCUAAGGUGGCGUGCUGGUUACUAGAUCCAGAUUCCAAGGAGCCGACUCUUCAUGGCAUAGUUUCCCGUUUUCUUCCUCAUGAGCUUCCACUGCUGGAAGAGAUAGAGACUGGCCAAGGAACUCAAAGCCUAGGGCUGAAUGUCACCACUGAGCAUUCUGGGCGAUACAGAGCAUCUGUAGAGUCCAUUCUCAUCUACAACUCUAUGAGUCAACUUAAUUCUUUGUUGAAGAAGGAAAACCUUCAAGAUGUCUUCUGUAAAGUGGAAAUGCCCUCCCAGUACUGCUUGGCCUUGCUAGAACUAAAUGGAAUUGGCUUUAGUACCGCAGAAUGUGAAAGUCAGAAACACAUAAUGCAAGCCCAGCUGGAUGCAAUUGAGACUCAGGCCUAUCAACUAGCUGGCCAUACUUUUUCUUUCACCAGUUCAGAUGACAUUGCUGAGGUUUUAUUUUUGGAAUUGAAGUUGCCACCAAAUGGAGAGAGAAAACAGCAAGGCAGCAAGAAAACUUUGGGUUCUACCAGAAGAGGGAAUGAUGAUGGAUGGAAGCUAAGGCUGGGAAAACAGUUCAGCACUAGUAAGGAUGUUUUAAAUAAAUUAAGGGCAUUACAUCCUUUACCAGGCUUGAUAUUAGAGUGGAGAAGAAUCACUAGUGCUAUUACCAAAGUGGUCUUUCCCCUGCAGCGGGAAAAACGUCUGAAUCCUUUCCUUGGAAUGGAAAGAAUCUAUCCUGUAUCACAAUCACACACUGCUACAGGACGAAUAACCUUUAUAGAACCAAAUAUUCAGAAUGUACCAAGAGAUUUUGAGAUCAAAAUGCCAACACUAGUAGAGGAAAGCCCACCUUCCCAAGCCCUAGGCAAAGGCCUACUUCCUAUGGGCAGAGGAGGAAAAAAGAAGGGUUGUGGCCUGAACCCUGGGCACCAGGCAAAGAUGGAGGAGAGAGCCUCAGACAGAGGAAUGCCGUUUUCAGUUAGCAUGAGACAUGCCUUUGUGCCUUUCCCAGGUGGUUUAAUAUUAGCUGCUGAUUACUCUCAACUUGAGCUGAGGAUCUUGGCUCAUUUAUCCCACGAUCAUCGUCUCAUUCAAGCACUAAAUACUGGAGCUGAUGUUUUCAGGAGUAUUGCAGCUGAAUGGAAGAUGAUUGAGCCAGAGUCUGUUGGGGAUGAUCUGAGGCAACAAGCAAAACAGAUUUGCUAUGGAAUCAUUUAUGGAAUGAGAGCUAAAUCUUUGGGAGAGCAGAUGGGUAUUAAAGAAAAUGAUGCUGCUUUUUACAUUGACUCCUUCAAAUCCAGAUAUACUGGGAUUAAUCAUUUCAUGAGAGAGACAGUGAAGAAUUGUAAAAGAGAUGGAUUUGUUCAGACCAUUUUGGGAAGGCAUAGAUAUUUACCAGGGAUCAAAGAGAACAACCCUUAUCACAAAGCUCACGCUGAGCGUCAGGCUAUCAACACAAGAGUCCAAGGUUCAGCGGCUGAUAUUGUCAAAAUAGCCACAGUUAAUAUUCAGAAGCAAUUAGAAACCUUCCACUCAACCUUCAAAUCCCAUGGUCAUCGGGAGAGUAUGCUCCAAAAUGAGAGAACAGGAUUGUUACCAAAGAGAAAACUGCAAGGGAUGUUCUGUCCCAUCAGAGGAGGCUUCUUCAUCCUUCAACUCCAUGAUGAACUCUUAUAUGAAGUGGCAGAAGAGGAUGUUGUUCAGGUAGCUCAGAUUGUCAAGAAUGAAAUGGAAAGUGCCAUAAAACUCUCUGUGAAACUGAAAGUGAAAGUGAAAAUAGGUGCCAGCUGGGGAGAGCUGAAGGACUUUGAUGUUUGAUUGUAGGGAAGCCUGGUGUAGGUACACUCACAUGGAAAGAAUAGAGAUUACCCUUUCACCUACUUCAUGAAAACAGAAACCCUCAAGUUUUCAUGAAUUUAUGAUAGUAAUUUUAUAGUGAGAGUUUCAAAACAUAUAUGAGUUUAUUUUCUGUAGUAUGAAAAAACUUUUUGAGGCAAAAUAUCAAGUUUAACGAUCAUAUUCGCUCUCAAAGAGUAUCUAUGAAAUUGCCUUUUAUAGUUUACUGUGGCUCUAAACAGUUUCAGAACACAUGCUUGAAAUACGUACUUAGCACUUUGGAUCUUCAUCUGUCUGGUUGAGCAUGAAGAAAAUGAAACUGCUGUCUCAGGGUCAUUUUCAUCCCAACCAGGAUUCAGACACUGGUGAUACAGACCCCUGCAGGAGCUAGAGGCAGAUAUGGAUUUGGUUUCACAUAAACCACCAGGGUUAGGUGUUGUGUGUGAUUUUCAUCCAGUAUCGGUGUAAGACUUCUGAAGUGGUAUUUUUAAAUAGCACUGGCUAGUAAAUUAAGAAUUCUAUAAAGUGGUAAGACUUGGUAUGGAUGUAGUCUAGGAAUGGAUUUUCAUGAAUUGCCAUUUCUUCUUCCUUUCCCUCUCCCAAUUCAUGCAAUUAAUAUAUUUCCAAUACUUAGGUAUUAUAAAACAAGCUACACCUCUUCAAGAGGUAUUCUGAUCUUAAGAUCGGAUGUUUAUACUGCAGUUUAAUAUAACACUGCCAGAGAAGGAAAACACCCCCUCAUCAGUCCCUCAGUGCCUCUUUCUCUGUGGCAUGGUGAGAAUACUCAUGCUGAAAGAUUGUACUUUAUAAUCCCAGUCAGAGGUGAAUAACUGACCUUUUUUUUGCUGUUUUAAUAAAAUUAAUUUAUAAGCAACUUUAUACCAGCAGUUGAGUUUUUAAAAUUGUGUUCGGUCUAAGUAUCAGAAGCUUGUGUAUCCAUUUACUUAUUCUAUAGGUUGCUCAACAAUGUACACAUAGGAAGUGUUUAUUCUUAAUCAGUUGUCAAAGAGUUCUUUUAUGUUUAUUCAUCAGAAUUUUAAAAGACAGUUGCUUUAUAAACAAAGUGUAAUACACUAUUAGUAGUUGGAUAUUAGUGCACAAGAUCCUCAGAUAUUUUGGUGCUGGGCAGAAGUGGCAGAAGACGACAGAGGUAAGAGGGAAAUUAUAUCAUUAUUUCUCGAGUUUUUUCCAUAUUCACCUGUACCACGUUUCUCAGAAAGGUUGCAGUUCUGUUAGUAUUCUGGUGGCCUUAAUCCAGCACAAGAGAAACCUCAACCUAUUUACAUGAGUGUUCUCCAAAUAUGAGUGCAGACAUCUAGAUCCCUUCCACCUCAUCUUCUGCAGCCAUGGCCCUGCAUGUGUGGUUAACAUGCAUUUUCUCAUCCUUUUU